UCCACUUCGGGAUUUCGUGCUCCUGAAAAAGUGCCUGUAGUGGGGUAUUAGUGCGUAUAAAGUGUUGCUUCGGGUUCUCGCGAAUGAGUUGUUUUAUGAUGUGGAAGGUCGAGGUUCAGGAGCAGAAGAGUGAAAGAGGAAAACGGUGUGUGCGCAGCAGAUAGCUCGGGCAGAGGCCAAAUUGCGCUUUCAGCGAGAAACAUGAAGCGCCGUCAAAACGGUUACGUGAACAGUAACGGAAAUGGCAACGUUUGUUAUUGCCAAAGUAUAAAGAAAACAACGCGUGUCACAUGUGGGGGUGAGAUUAACGAACCACCCAGCUGGUGUGUCUAUGCUGCGGUGGUGCUCGUUGCCGUCGGUUGCUACUUAAAUGCCUUUGGAGGUGAUUUUGUACACGAUGACAUUCCAGCUGUUGUCAGGAACAAGGAUGUUCUCGCGCAAAGCAGUUUAGUUAGUGUUCUUAAGGACGACUUCUGGGGAACUCCUAUGCAUGAUCUCAGCAGCCACAAGAGCUACCGACCGCUUACCACCUUGACAUUUCGGAUAAACUACUUAGCAGCUGGGUUAGCACCAACAUGGUAUCAUUUAACAAACAUCGCUCUACAUGCCACUGCCUGCGUUCUUGUCACCAGAGUCAGCCUAACUAUAGCCUCGUUAAGACCUGGUUUCGCCGCUCUUACGGGUCUCCUCUUUGCCGCACAUCCUGUUCAUACUGAAGCGGUUACCGGAAUUGUUGGAAGGGCUGACGUCCUUGCAUGCAUAUUCUUCUUGUUGUCCUUUCUGGCCUACCAUGGGCAACAAACAGCUUAUGUGUGGAGCAGCGUGUGCCUCGGAGCUCUGUCGAUGCUAGCUAAGGAAACUGGCGUCACAGUACUUCUCUUAAAUCUGCUUUACGACCUGUGCCGUUCCUGGUCUGCAAUCAAAAGGUCUAUUUUUGAAGCAAGAUGGAAUUACGAUUCUAGACAUUUUUCGCAGCGUGCUGCAGCUCUUCUUGUUUCGCUCAGUGUGCUUCUCGUGGUGAGGUUAGCUCUACUUCAUGGCGCUUUGCCAAAGUUCUCUCCGCAGGACAACCCGGCUGCCUUUCAUCCAUGUUUCCACGUCAGAUUACUGACAUUCUGUUACCUCGCUGCAUUGAAUUGCUGGUUGCUACUAUGUCCAGCUACGUUAUCACAUGACUGGCAGAUGGGUUCCGUUCCUUUGGUAGCCUCUCUAGCAGACACGAGAAAUUUAGCUACGUGCCUCUUCUUCGGAGGCUGUCUCUUACUUACAUAUAAGGCCUUUACGGAUUUCGAGCAACAAAGGCAUCCACCGCUUGUACUUGGUUGGAUGUUCCUGGUACUACCGUUUUUACCCGCGUCCAACCUUUUCCUCACCGUGGGCUUCGUGGUCGCGGAGCGAGUCCUUUACAUCCCCAGCUUCGGCUGGAUCCUGCUUGUAUCGUACGGUGCUCAGGUGACCUGGACAGCAAUUCCUCGUCGUCGAAGUAUGAUCACUGCUGCUGUGGUUCUGCUUCUGAUCAUGGGAUGCUGUCGGACGGUUUUACGAAAUCGAGACUGGACGUCGAGGGAGUCCCUUCUCAGGGCUGGUUUGAGGUCUCUUCCGCACAACGCCAAGAUGCACUACAACUUUGCUAACUUUCUGAGGGACACAUCCCAGCCCAAUCGUGCUAUUCUGCACUACCAGUUGGCUCUCUGGCUCUGGCCAUCCUAUGCGAGUGCACACAAUAAUCUUGGGACGCUAACUGCUGGCGAUCAGGCAGAACAACAUUUUUUGGCUGCCAUUCAUGCUCAGCCUGGACACGUGAAUGCUCAUUAUAAUCUUGGUCAGCUGUACAGAAAGACAAAUCGGACCGAAGAAUGUAUCAGAAUGUUGCAGAAAUGUGUCUCCCUUGAUCCUGCCUACACUCCAGCUUAUCUGGUCCUAGCGAGAUUAGCGAGCGGACCUGCGACGGGUGUUCUUUUGAGACACGUCGUUCGCCUUCAGCCCAAGAGCCCAGAUCACCUAGCCGAGUAUGCCUCAUGGUUAUAUCAAAACGGUAAAUGGCUUCCUUCGCUCAAGUAUUAUCUGAGGGGAAUGGCUGUAUCGUCGACUCAUAGGUCCUCUCUUUUGGGAACUGCGAGGAUUCUCAGAUCGAGGGGGCAGUGGCCUAGGGUGCAUCAGCUUGUCACAAGAUGGCACAUGAUGCUAAGAGCUAGGCGGGGAGGUCUUAUAUAUCGAGGAGACUUGUACAUUCGAGCCUGGCAACUUCAGAGUGAAUCACGUCAAAGAGUUCAUCAAGAUCAGCGGAAUCUCUGUUUAUUGGAUUCUGGUUGUUCGUCGCCACGCGUGGCUAGCGUUUCAGUCCAACUAGAGCAGGACAGCAACAAAUCAGAACAGUUGGAAAGGGCGCCGCGGUGUAAUGUACGAACCUGUCGACAGCCACGAAAGGGGAAACCACGGGUCACCGCUCCUGCUCUGCUCGUGCAAAAUCUCCUUGAAACUCUGUAGUUUCCACCCUCUAACGAGUUUGACGUCUAAAUUCCAAGCACUGACAUUACCAAACGAUUCUUUGAAGAUCAGUACUAUAGCUUAAACAUCUUUCCCUACUGAUUCAACAAGUUUUGUGAUAAAUAUAAUCUUUAUUAAAAAUCUUAAUCCAUAUACAUUUAAAACAUCUAAAAAACUCAUGUGGUCAUAUUACUCUAAUUUCUUAAACAAGCGAGGUGACAUCAAUUUCGUCCGAAAAUUGGUCUUCACUUUAAGAGGAGGACAUACCCAAUUUUUAAUACAAAAGUAAUACCGUGUGGUAUAGAAGAGAUAAGAAUUCAAGAAAACUUUUUUCUUUGAUUUUGGAAGAUUCUUUCGAGCCGAAAAUCUUGCGAAAAGUAAUUGACAAGUUCAAUAUUAAAGGAUGUUAAAAAUAGGAUAAACCCUCUUCUUAAAAGUAUUUCAUUUAGAAUUUGAGAAGAUAGUAUAGAUAAUUGAGCAAAAAAAUGUAAAAAUCGAAUAAAGAAAUCGUCAGCAACACUGAUGUUAUAUUGAUGUUACAUUAUGCUAACCCAGGGAAUUUCCUAGAAAGUUAAGGCAUCAUAAAAUUUGGAAUUUCAAAAAAUCUAUCAAAUUGAAGAAAAGAGCUUUUAGACGUUUACUCUUAUAUCAGAUAAUCGUGCAACAAAGAAUUUACAAGUUACAUCAGAAAUAAAAAAAGUUGCUUAUUAUUGGAUCAAAGAAAAUCACCAAAGAUUGCAGAACACUUACACUAAAGUGAAUUAAAUCUUCGGCAAAUGUUAGAUAACCCUUUAAAAAAUGUUCAAAAUUGUGAUAUAACUUUCAAAGAAUGUUACCCUAAAGGCUCAGAAGCCCAUCGUCCAAUCCUUGUUCGGUAAUCGUGAACCUCGUGUGCGCGAGAAUUGAUGAAUUAACGGUAAGGGGAACCGUGAGAAAAUUUCACGUUUGUAAAUAUAUUUUUUCCUACGGACUAACAGCAGAGGCUAAUAUAUCUGUAUUUGAACUUUAUUUUUCUCAUGACGAGCAUACAGAAUGGAUAACAGCGAGGUAAAGAUAGUCGUAAGAUUUAGAAUUAAGAUUUUUCUCCUUAGAUUGUUCUUUGAGUGUUAUUUAUUAUUUAUAUUAAUUCUGUAAUUGUAAAUGAAUUAUAACACGGUGCCAAUUUUGUGAGCACGUAGCGAAUGAAAUACAAAGAAUUGCUCAGUAAAGGUAAAGGUUAUGUAUGUACCAGUUAUAAAACCGUUACGCAGCAAGUAUGAUUGUCCAUUAAGUGGGUUUCAUAAUUGUACAAAUUAAACAUUUUUAUGAAUGGAAACGACUGUUUGAAUUCGACGAGCUUCGCCCUACGACGUUUCGCUUUUGCUUCACUAAAAUCUCAAGUACCUAUAUAUAAAUGUUUUUUGUUGUACAAGACCGACAAUCUGAAAUAUCAGGGUUCAAAUUUCAGCAGAGUGAGAGACAAAGUUUUUAACAGAGAAAAAUUGAAACAAUUCUGGUUCAUAGACUAUGUAGAUCAAAAAUUGUCAUCCCGUCGACAAAAAACAAUUACGCUCCGCUGGUUUAAAAAAAAAACGUAACAUAAAAAUUGAAUUUCUUGAUAUAAAUUCAGAGUGAUCACUGGGCUGGAAAGGUUGACAAUUUUGUUAAAGUUCCAUUAUUUUGACGGAAUUUAAAAACAGGUAUCAUUUAUAUAAUCUGUUUAUAUGGAUUUUUUUUAACUGUGAAAGUUUUUUUAAAGUUAGUAUAUGAAUUUAGGUUGAGGGGUAACUCUGAAUUUGAAUGUUUCUUCUGGGUUAAUACAAAGCUAUAAAUACACAAUAGUGAUGCUUUAUUCGCGUUCUUUGAGUAAAUGUUGUAACAGUUUCGCAAAAUUUACAUCAAAAUUAUUUCACAUAAUUUAAGGUAGGAUUUUAUUGCUUUGUUAUUGGUUUUACGACCACGUACAUAUAUUGUCUAACAGUAUCCACAAAAAGGAACUGCCGAGUUAGGGGUGGGUGAAGGAUAGUAAAUGACUUGACUCGCUGAGACGCGCUCAAACUGCAUUAACCGGGUGGCUAAAUGCAAUCUCGGUGAAGAAGGUAUUUGCGUGAGUAAAAUUAAUGGCUGAGGCACGAAGAAAACCACGAGGACGUCAGAAGCGAUUUACUCUCUUGAAAUUCAACUCUAGGCAUGAAAAUCACGCUUUUUAGAACUUAAUUGUUUCGGUCUCACAAUCUGGUAGUUUUAGUACACCCAGUUCAAUUAUAAUUGAUGUUUUUACACUAUAUGUAGCAUUUAAAAGAGUUGCAUAAUUGUUAAUAUUUUGUCAUGUGAUUCUUCAUGCUUGGUCGAACUCUAGCACCAAAUUAGAGCUUUCGGUUUUGUUAUGUGAAGUUCUAGUAUUAUUGUUUCAAAUAAAAAAUUACAACCAAAAGCGCAACGCCGUCGGAUUUGGAUGGAAGACCAAUGUAAAUAAUUGUAAACAAAAUACAUCGAAUUUGCGAUGCUUAAUUGAAAUUUCGUAAUCGUUUUCCGAUCAAAUAUUUCUGGACAGAGAAGUUGUUAUUUUCUUGUUAAAUUGAGCCUUGAGUAAUCAAGCCUUGAGUGAUUUAAGAGCUGAUGAGUUUAGCCUGGUUUAUAUCAAAAUAUUGUAAAAUUUUGGAAUCCUAUUUUCUAUGAAUAACUGAUUGCAUUACCUGAAAUCUGUAGAUAUAAGAGGUCAAAAACUAUUAAUUUUCUAUUAAAAAACUUCCUGUUUGUCAGACUUUUUAUCCAAGAUAAGUGAACUCAAUCAUAUUUUACGAGCGAAAAGAACCUUUGUAAAAUCGAAAGAGGAUGUUCAUAAUUUCAAGAAUAUUUUGGAAAUAUUAAAAAUGUAUUGAAGCUAAAACUGCGAUUUCAUAUUUCACUGACAUGCAUAUUGAGACCAUCAUUUUUGACCAACCGCAAACUCUACCCGUCAUGAUUACUCAGAACUUAAUUAACAUCUAGGAUAUCACGCGAUAUAGACCAGUUUGUAUAUUUAAUUAUGAUACGUUAUUGCACCAUACUCACUGUGAAUGCAGCAAUUACUAUGUAUUAUGAUAAUAAAGUGUAUGUUUAUAUACGACA